GAGUCGUGAAAGAAUAUUCAACAUGAAUCCGAAGGGAAACACGAGGGCUAAGUAUUAUGGAACGAAUAAGCCUCAGAAAGACAAAUUUAAGGGAUAUAAAGGGAAAAUUAGGAAAAGAGAACUGUACAAAUCCAAACCGAAAAACUCACAACUAAUCGACGCGGAAAUAAAUGGACUACAGUCCCGAUACCCCAAGAUACAACCUAAAGAAAUAAAGAAAUUUUCAGACUUCCCAUUAUCUAAGAAAACCCUUGAUGGAUUACAGAGACACAAGUACAGCAUCCCUACAGAGAUCCAGAGGGAAUCCAUCGGUCUGGCGCUGCAGGGUAAUGACAUUCUUGGUGCUGCUAAAACAGGAUCAGGAAAAACCCUGGCGUUUCUUAUUCCCGUUCUUGAGUGCUUAUUUCGUCAGAAAUGGAGUUCCCUGGAUGGACUAGGUGCCCUAAUUAUCUCCCCUACAAGAGAGCUUGCUUACCAGACCUUUGAAGUGUUAAAGAGGAUUGGAAAAUUUCAUGAUUUUUCAGCAGGUCUUGUCAUAGGAGGAAAGUUAUUGAAAGAAGAGACAGCUAGAAUAAAUCGUACCAACAUCAUCAUCUGUACUCCAGGGCGACUUUUACAGCACAUGGAUGAAACCUUCAAUUUCACAGCAGACUCACUGCAAGUUUUAGUGUUGGAUGAGGCAGACAGAAUAUUGGACCUCGGUUUUAGUCGGGACAUGAAUGCCAUUAUUGAAAAUCUCCCUCCUGAGAGACAAACGCUGCUGUUCUCUGCUACACAAACGAAAUCAGUGAAAGAUUUAGCUCGUUUAAGUCUGAAGAAUCCAAUGUUUGUAUCAGCUCAUGAGAAUGCUGAGUUUAGUACCCCCACCCAGCUAGAACAGAAUUAUGUUGUGUGUGAACUCCAUGACAAAAUCAGCAUGCUGUGGUCCUUUGUGAAAAAUCACAUGAAGUCAAAAGUCCUUGUGUUCCUAGCUAGUUGUAAACAGGUGAAGUUUAUUCACGAGAUCUUCAGAAGGUUACGACCUGGCGUGACAGUACUGGCAUUACAUGGUGCCAUGAAUCAGCUGAAGCGAGUGGACACCUAUAACCAGUUCUGUCGUAAACAUCAUGCUGUCUUGUUUGCCACAGACAUCGCAGCCAGAGGGUUAGAUAUCCCUGAGGUGAACUGGGUAAUACAGCUGGACUGUCCAGAAAAUGCUAACACCUACAUUCACCGGGUGGGGCGGACGGCCCGCUUCCACAAGGACGGUGAGGCCCUGUUAGUGCUGGUCCCCUCGGAGGAGGAGGGCAUGGUAGGGCAGCUGGAGGAGAAGAAGAUACCCAUCAACAAAAUCAGAAUCAAUCCUAAAAAGUUAUGGAGCAUACAGAAUAAACUCGAGUCUUUACUGGCAGCAGACCCCACCCUUAAAGAGAUGGCUCAAAGAGCAUUUCUUGGUUAUUUAAGGUCAGUUUUUCUGAUGAGCAACAAAAGAGUGUUUAAUGUCCACAAACUAGACACAGAAAAAUUCUCCAGUUCUCUAGGCUUAGCAAUUCCACCAAGAAUUCGGUUUUUGAAACGAGAAGAGAAACGACAAACUGAGAGAGAGGCUCAGAAAAAAGCCAGUCUUGAGAGAUUGAAACAGGCUGCAGAGGAAGAUGUGAAUUUCUCUGGGAGUGAGGAAUAUUCCUCAGAGGAAAAUGAAUAUGAUUCACUUUCAGACAAUGAAACUAAACUAAAGAAAACUGCUGUAAUCAAACACGUGGAUGCACCUGAUUCUUCAGAAUCUGAAAGUGAAAGUAGAGAUCUGAGGACUAAUGAAAACGACAACAAAUUAAAUUUUGAUUUGAAUGAUGACAAUGAUGAUUUAUUCACUUUAAAGAGGACAAUUUUACCAGAUUCUGAUUCAGAGAAUGAAAAAGGAGACAAAUCUGUGAAGAAAGAGAAGGAAAAGAAAACUCAGACAAAAUACGCGUUAGCCAAAACACUACAGAAAAAGAAUGUCAAAGUGAAUACAAAACUGACGUUUGAUGAAGAAGGAAAGGCUGUGAAAGAUGUCUUGAAGAAGUCCGCUGUGGAGGAUGAAGAGGAGGAUGAAGAGGGAGGCAUUGACAUAGCAGCUGCCAAACAAAGAAUGAUAGAGGAAGACAAGAUUGAUAAACAGAUAUUUAGGGAGCGGAUCAAAGAAAAGCAUAGGGAAGAGAGGUUGAAAAGAAGAGAGGAGAGAAAAGCCCGCAGCAGAAGGGGACAAGAGGAGGACAAGGAUGAGAUGGUGGUACAGUUAGGAGGGUCUGGAGAGGAGGAGGGGGAAGAUGACCCCCUCAGUUAUAUCCCCUCACCGGAGAAUUCUGAUGAGGAUAGUGAAGAUGAAGUACCAUUCAAAAAAAGACGACUGGUUGUGAACAGUGAUGAAAGUAGUGAUGAAGAAGGGGAUGAUGAUGACAAUGAAGAAGGUGAAAGUGAUUAUAGUGAAGAAGAGGACAGUGAAGAUGGACAGGACAGUGAAGAUGGACAGGGCAGUGAAGAUGAUAGGGACACUGGACUCAGUCUACAGGAUGAUGAGGCAAUAGCCCUAAAACUGUUGCAGAAGUGAUAGAAAAUGAUACGCAUUCUUUGGAGAAUAUUAUAGAAAAUAAAAAAAAAAUAAAAAUAUAAUAAGCUUUU